CGCCCAUUUUGCAGAGCCUCGCUGCAUCAAUCAAAUCAUGGAAAGCCCAGCCGUCCUCACAACAAUACACACGCCGCCCAAGGUGGACGACUUCACCCCGCUCGCGGAGCACCAGGAGCGCACCCCGGCCACCUUCUUCGGCGGGAAGCCCGUCCUGCACUACCACGCCGCAUCCACAAAAGUCGUUGUCCCCGCGUCGCAGAGACGCAGCCUGCCGAUAUUCCGAACUGCCGAUGCAUCGGCCGGCAGCGAUGAGGACACCGAAGCGACCGUUGAGCAGACUGUUGACGUGUUUGUCAAUUCAUCGACACUUACACUCUUCAGCCAAGACGCCACAGUCGGGGUCCAAAUCCCCUACCCCGAGAUCGGCAUCCACGCCAUCAAGACCCUCACAACACCAGCGACCGCGCCGUCGCCGGCGACAGCAGCAGGAGCGACCUCGGCCGUGUACAUGCAGCUAGACCUGCAGGCCAGCGGCGGCGCCGACGACGACGACUUUGACACGGUCGAGCUAACCAUCAUCCCUCCCGCGCCGACCACCGAGUCCACCCCGGCCCUGUUCGCCGCCAUAUCCGCCUGCGCCGAGCUGCACCCCGACCCGGCCGACGCCGACGAAGACGACGAAGACGCCGACGACAGGAUAGUCUUUGAGUCGGCCGCCGGCUUCGAGCCGGGCUCGGGCAUCUUCAGGGGCGCCAGCGACGGCGGCCUGCCGCCCGCCAUGCCCGGCAGCUCGGGCUGGAUCACGGCCGACAAUGUAAAUGAGUUUUUCGACGAGGACGGAAACUGGAUCGGCGCCGAGGAGUACGAUGCGGAUGAGGGCAUCAGUGGGGAGCUGGGGGAGGGCGCCGGCCGCGUGAGGGGUAGGGAUGAGGUUUCUGGGGCUGAGGAGGCGGCGGCGAAUGGCGAGCAAGGCCCGAACGGGGAGCAGAUUGGGGCCAACGGUGAAGAUUCGGAGAGUAAACGGCAGCGAACGGACUGA